CCAGGGCCCAAGAAGGUGUGCUUUGCAUUAUCCCGAUCCAGCAAUCAGAUCACCCUAGCAGCUCGGUCAAUUCCACAUUCCCAAUAGUGCGGGUGGUUGAUCGCGCGCCAUGAAUCCUGGUCUAGCGCAGAUCGGGCAAGCGAUCAGCGAUCUUCGACUAUCUUCGACUCAGGGAUCAAGCCGGCCGCUCGCUCCGCCAUUCAGCUACUCAGCACUUGUGCCCAACAGGCAGUGAUCGACAUCUUCGGGUGGUGAUGUUAGGUUUGUGAAGAGGAACCCGACUGCCCUAGGUGAAGUGUCUUUCGCAUCGCCGCGAAUCGCCUUGGUAGUGGGCAACCCAGGAAAAUUCAAAUAGGAGGUCCAGUCCCCCUCCCCCCUCCUCCCAAGCUGAAGGGUCCAUCCCAGUCCAGCAAGCAUCAGAAACCUUGGCUUCGGACAGAAUCAUGCUGGCCCAAGCUCUCAAGAAGUCGCUCGUGGUCGCCGCGCUGGGGCUGAGCGCCGUCCUCCCCACGGCGCUGGCGCAGCAGUCGGCCAACGCCAGCACGCUGGUGAGCCGGCGACUGACCGAGUACCUGCUGCCGGUGGCGACGGAGACGCACGAGUUCGCGCGCGUGCCGAACACGAACUUCGUGCUGCUGUCGCAGAUGUCGGACAGCGCGCUGAUCAAGAUCGAGCUCGACCCCGCCACGGAGGAGCCGAUCGCGUGGCAGUCGUUUCCGAUGGGACGCAACCGCAGCUCGCAGCUGCACGGCGUGUGGCCGUCGACGCUGUACCCGGGGCUGAUGUGGCUGACGCUGCAGGCGGAGAACCAGCUGCUGCUGGUGGACCCCGGCCGCACGCUGGCGAGCAAGCCGGUGGUGGUGCGCACCCUCGACAUCCCCGUCCCCGGCAACGGGCCGCACUGCGUCUUCGAGAUCGGGAACCGCGUGUGGGCCGGUCUGAAGGUCGCCUCGCCGCAGACGGGCCAGUACUACGUCUUCUCGGCCGAUGUCUCGCACCUGAACGCCACGGCCGUCGCCACCGUCCGGGACCCGAAGCUGUACCCCUGCCUCAACAGCCCCGUCUUCAUCAAGGAGGAGCCCGCCACCGGCCUGAUCUACGUGACCCAGGACACCGACUCGUCCAUCAUGCGCAUCAACGCCACCAGCGGCGAGACGGCGCAGCUGGCCAUCCCGCCCGCCGUCGGCAACAACGCCGUGGGGAUGGUCGCCAUCGCCACGGGCCCGUUGCGCGGCGUGUGGUUCACGCUGGCCGGCAACGCCACCGGCGGCACGGGCACCUUCGGGCACAUCGGCGCCGAUGGCGCCAUGGCCUUCUUCAAGCUGCAGCACCCCUUGCUCGGCACCAACGCGGGCCUGCUGCACAUCGCGGAUGCGUCGUCGUCGUCGUCGACCGAGGCCGGCGGCGGCGGGCCCGCCCUGUGGCUGCUGUCCACCUCCCUGCUGAGCAGCAACUCGCCGGACGCGCUGAUCCGCGUGACCUUCGACGCCAACCUCACCGCCGUCGCCGACGAGGAGUACGUCUCCAUGCCCACCCAGAACGCCAUGGUCCACCGCGUGCUGCCCCUCGACACCACCGUCCUGGUCUCCGAGCUCCACACCUUCACCCUCGCCCAGCUCGCCUACGUCCAUACCGUCGCCGGCCAGUGGCUGCCCGCCGAGGCGGUCACCAACACCACCGUCUACACUCAGGCCGGUUGAUUCGAGAGGGGGAGGGGGGGGGUUCCUCUCCUCCUGGACUACCGGAUGCAAUCGGUGGACAUGCCUGCCUUCCGGGCAUAAUAGAUAUACACUCUUGGUUUAUAAUUCUAAUCGAAUAUGAUACAUACAUUACUUGGACCACAAUCCCUCUACGCAUUGGAUGAUGGGCAAGCGGUGAGGAAGCUGGCUACUGAAACACGCACCUUUGAGAUUUGCCUGGUAGGAUGCGCUGAAUACUAUUGUAGGGGUUUUGCCUGAUCUUGUACCUUUUAGGGGGGGGUCUUCCAUCCUCAUCGGGUGGGGGAAUGAUGUGUAUACUUAUACAUACC